GUGGCACAUCAAAACUGCUUGUCACAAUCCCUCAUUUUCUGAUAGAACCGGCACUUUCUAAAGCGUGCUGCGUGUGUAAGAGAAAUAAGAGGCCUAGAGUUAGUCCCUGCACAUCUGAAACAAAGGGAAACAGGAAAGCCCUUUCCUCUCGCACCUGCAACACCGUCUUUACCUGGACAGGACACAAUGGCCAGUCCGGUUCGGAUCCAGACAGAUAACUCCAUUCUUCAGACACCACGUCCCGGCUUUGCAGAUACCUCGCUGGCUCUUCUUAAGCGAGAAGAUGGAAUAGUGCAGACCUCGGAGAUGGUCGACCACAAACCCUGUCUAGAUGGCUCGGACCGUGGACAUCCUGGACUCUAUCUGUCCUGCUUUGACAUGCUCUUUACAGAGGAUGCUGCGUGGCUGGUGAGAGUGUCUGAUUCCUCUACAUCUGUGGGUGCUGCUGGGCACCAAUUGGAUCUGUGUCAAGAACCAGAGCAGUGUCCUGUCAUUGACAGCCCAGGGCUGGAAUCCUCACCACUGUCUCCUACCCUGGAAGAACAGGUGGAGGAGAGAUCUUUGGAGCAGGUGCAAAGUCUGGUGGUGGGAGAAGUUCUGAAGGACAUUGAAACAGCUUGUAAACUUCUAAACAUCACACCAGAUCCAAUGGAGUGGAACUGUGAGAAUGUACAAAAGUGGUUACUAUGGACGGAGCAUCUGUACAGGCUUCCGCAGGUGGGCAAGGCCUUCCAAGACCUGAAUGGGAAAGAUUUAUGUUCCAUGAGUGAGGAAGACUUCCGACAGCGGUCGCCACAAUGCAGUGAAACCUUACAUGCACAUCUGGAUAUAUGGAAAUCAGGUGAAAUACAUAAGUCUGCCUGGAUGAAGGAAAGAUGUUCGGUUGGAGAGACCAGGAUGAGAGAACCAGGGGAGCUUUGGUCAGAAGCAGAUUCGUCGUGUUCAGGUCAGCCGAUCCACCUGUGGCAGUUCCUCAGAGAACUUCUCCUGAAACCUCACAGUUAUGGACGCUACAUCCGCUGGCUCAACAAAGAGAAAGGGAUCUUCAAAAUCGAAGAUUCGGCUCACGUCGCACGUCUCUGGGGUUUGAGGAAGAACCGGCCAGCUAUGAACUAUGACAAACUCAGCCGCUCCAUUCGGCAGUACUAUAAAAAGGGCAUCAUACGCAAGCCAGAUGUCUCUCAAAGACUUGUCUAUCAGUUUGUGCAUCCUGUAUAAAAGAGAUGAUUUCAUCCAUCCAAACCAGAGGAUGGGCACAAACUUUAUGAACUGGCAACCCCUCCUAAAUAUUCCAAUCCAUUUUGGAGACAUAGUCCUGAGUUUUGCACGACAGUGAAACCAAGAAAAAUAUAACAAGAUUUCAAUUAUUUUCUAUGCAUAUGAAUUGUUCAGUAUAAUUGCACUCUAAAAAAUACUUGUGUGCCACUUCAACACUAACAAAUGGACCUGGAUUCCUUUAAACAUGGUAUCAGUUAAUGCACUUUUACGUUCUGUUACUUCAAGAACCUACACUACCAAUCAAAAGUGUGGACACGGUUGACAGGAUUUAUGUUUCGCAAGAUAUAAAAAAUGUUUUGAUCUAAAAGAAUAUGCUUAAAUGCCUUUUUUGUUACUACAUAAUUCCCAUAAUUCCAUUUGUGUUAUUUCAUCGUUUAAUGACUUUAAUAAAAUUCUGAAAUAUGGAAAAUAGUCAUCUUAAAGAAUGAGUGGGUGUGUCCAAACUUUUGACUGGUUAAAAAUAAGAGAGAGUCAGUAAACUGUACUUCUUAAAGCAUGUUACAAAAAAAGCCAUAUCUCGCAAGAUCUGCCUGUCAACUUUAACCUGCAAAACAAACUAAUAAGGUGUGAGAUAGAAACAAAGAGCGUUUCUUUGUGGACUCAUGCACCUUUAUGUACAUUAAGAUGAGCGUACAUUGUUCUAAGCCAGCUUUCAUAGUCACAUCACCGUGAAUACUGCCAGUGUGUGCAGUGGAAAGGACUUCAGUUUGGUUUAAUCUCUGGCUUGCACCCAACAAACACCACAUUUAUUUUUUUUUGGUUUGUGAUUAAUCGUACUGCAAACCUUUCAACUCUGCCCAUGUGGACUUACAAAAGACAGUUACUUAAAUUCACUCAUAAAUUAUCGUCCACCGUUUCACACACCUCACUGCUCACAUCAUGUUUUUUUUGCUACUGAUGCAAAUGAGGGCUUACCGGCUGCCCAUGGGUUUUGUUAUAAUAGGUAUACUGUAUGUGUCACUUGUGUUGCAAAGGUUAAUUGACACACGUUUAUGUAAGAUACCAGUUGGAAAGGCAUGUAUUUUUGAAAUCUCUAUUGUAAAGUCUAAUCUAGAAGAGUGGUCUCGAGUUUGCAUUGGAACAAUCGUUCCCAUACCAAAAACAACCGUUUUCACUUUAACGUUGGCAUUACUAAAUAUUAUUCAUACUUUUGCAGUUAUGUCUUAGCUAAGAAGUAAUUUGUCAUGUACCUUAUGUUUUCUUCAGUUGUUGUUCUUGC